CAUGUUCUCCAACCAGAACAAACUUAUGGGCCAACCCAAGUACCCAACUAGACGUACGCCCCUGCGGUUCUCCCUGAAACCCUCACCGGCGCAGCCUCGACGCCGCCGGAGCUCCGGCCGGGCAGCUCACCGGUCUCCAUGGACUACGACAGGCUGAACUCCCCGAGCACGUCGGCCAUCACGCUGGAACUGAUGGGCCAUCGCCUGCAUAUUUCUCAGGACCCUAACUCGAAGCACCUCGGGACCACAGUAUGGGAUGCAUCCAUGGUGUUUGCCAAAUUCUUGGAAAAGAAUAGCAGGAAAGGUAGGUUUUGUCCGUCUAAACUGAAAGGAAAAAGAGUGAUUGAGUUAGGAGCUGGUUGUGGUCUAGCUGGGCUUGGAAUGGCAUUGCUGGGUUGUGACGUUGUUACAACCGACCAAGUUGAGGUGCUCCCACUGCUUAUGAGGAAUGUUGAACGCAACAAAUCUUGGAUUUCACAGUCCAAUUCUGACUCAGACUCCUUCGGCACAGUUACCGUUGCAGAAUUGGAUUGGGGGAACAAAGAUCAUAUCAGAGCCGUUGAUCCGCCAUUUGAUUACAUCAUUGGAACUGAUGUUGUUUAUUCAGAACAUCUAUUGCAGCCUCUAAUGGAGACAAUCAUUGCACUAUCUGGUCCUAAGACAAAAGUGAUGCUGGGGUACGAGAUCCGUUCUACCACCGUCCAUGAACAGAUGAUGGAGAUGUGGAAAAGCAACUUCAACGUGAAAACUAUAUCUAAAUCAAAGAUGGAUGCUAAAUAUCAACAUCCUAGCAUACAUCUUUACAUGAUGGACCUCAAGGCUUCUUUGGUCCCUGAGGCCGGGUCCAACGAUAAUGGGAACACUGAGGAGGAAGAUGACGAUGUUUCUAAUCCGGGAGAAGAUGAAGAUCCUGGAGCGAAAGCUGUACCUUGUACAGGCUCAGCAGAAGCGGGAGCUGAGAACUUGGACGAUUGGGAAAUCAGGAGAUCUGGGGCUAUGGCUGCAAGACUUCUUAAGGAUGUCAAACUAACAUGAGAUUGGGAAAUGACGAACUCCUUUCCAGCCGAUGAUGUUGUACCUUUUCUUUUCUUUUUGGGUGUGUGCGCGUGGGGACAUGGUGAUGUUGUAUUUGGAGAUUUAUUCUCGAGUUACAUUGUUGUAGUUUAAUCCAUUUGCCUUAUCCAAUUUGCUAUAGGAUGCAGAGUUGAUGUCUAAUAUUCCAUUGCCAUGUUCCUUUUUGAAAAGGAAACUCAUGUAAUCAUUAUUGCAUUGCUAUAUUCUGUUCAAAUUUGAAUUGAAGAUGGAGGGGGGAUUAUCUUUAA